AUGGAAAUCGAGAGCUUCAUACCUCUGUUCCUCGGAAUCCCUCGUUACAACUGGCUCCGUUUUCUUAUCACUUUCGUCCACGCUCUUAUUGGACACCACUUUGCUCUGCUCCUUCACAGCAUUUGCGUCUUCUUCUUGAGGUAUUGCCUCGAUCCAUUGAAGAUUCCUACUAUGUUAGGACCAUUACUAAAUUAUGGGCUAGCAAGACGAUGUCCAGUAGAGGCACCUUUUCCAGUUGUCGGCAAUCUGGUGGAAGUUAUGGAUAGUAGGUAUUCCGGAGGAUAUUGUAAGGAGAUAAAAUGUUUGGUGGAAACGUGA